GCACACGCUCAGCGGAGCCCAGUCUCAGAGGGACGCGCACUGCCGCUGUCCGCCGCCUACGGCCCCCGCCCCGGAGCCCAUGGAGGCGCCGGGACCCCGCGCCUUGCGGACUGCGCUCUGUGGCGGCUGUUGCUGCCUCCUACUGUGUGCCCAGCUGGCUGUGGCUGGUAAAGGAGCUCGAGGCUUUGGGCGCGGAGCCCUGAUCCGCCUGAACAUCUGGCCGGCGGUCCAAGGGGCCUGCAAACAGCUGGAGGUCUGUGAGCACUGCCUGGAGGGAGACAGAGCGCGCAAUCUCUCCGGCUGCGUGUGGGAGCAGUGCUGGCCAGAGGAGCCAGGACACUGUGUGGCUCAAGCUGAGGUGGUCAAGGAAGGUUGUUCCAUCUACAACCGCUCAGAGGCAUGUCCAGCUGCUCAUCACCACCCCACCUAUGAACCGAAGACAGUCACAACAGGAAGCCCCCCAGUCCCUGAGGCCCACAGCCCUGGAUUUGACGGGGCCAGCUUUCUCGGAGGUGUAGUGCUGGUGUUGAGCCUACAGGCGGUGGCUUUCUUUGUGCUGCGCUUCCUCAAGGCCAAGGACAGCACCUACCAGACGCUGUGAGUACCUGGCCAGCAGUACCUGAGUCCCAGCUCACCUCCUGGUUCCUGUCCCACCGUUCCCCUUCAGUACCCAGGGUGCUGUCUUCUCCAUGGGCAAGCCCUCAGGACAGUGACAGCAUGCCCCCUGUGAGCCGCACCCCCUUUGUCUCCUCCAGUUGCAGGGCUUUCUUUGUCAGGUGUUGGCUGGAACCAGGACUCAGCCUGGGCCGGUCUAGGAGCCCAGCUGAGCCCUCCCGUGUCUUUUCCCUUCAUGCUGCCAGCAGGGAAGAGAACCAGUAGGUGCCAGCCCAGGCAAGCCUGUGGCCUGCGUUUCUGUGGCUGUGGGCAGGAGCUGGGCUGUGUGUCUAGUUAGGUUUUGCUCUGAGGAGAGCUGUGCCUGAGGCCCUCUGUGUGCUGUGUGUGCUGUGGGGCGGGUCGCCGCAGCCUGUGUUAAAGUGUUUGCUCUUCCUCUGCUGCCUCCUCUCGAGGCAGGGGUUCCUUGGCUGGCUGAGGCAGGGUCACCUCCCUGAGUGUCCUCUUUGGCCUCCGCAGAAUCUGACCCCCUUGGGCCUGCACUCCAUUCUGAGUGGAAAGGAGGAUGCAGAGGCUGGCCUCUUGGCCCCCUUGUGGGCAAGUGGGGGGCGGGGAUGGGUAAAACUCUGGCCACCAGUUUUUGGCUCCUGUGGGCACCAAGCAGGCUCAGCAUCUGAUGCCUGACAUCUCCUCCUGUCUUGGCCCUGGAACCUGAAGCUGAGAGCAUCCCUCAACCGCCUCGUCUCCUCCAUCGCCCCUGCUGGGCCCCCCAGCCUGGCACUGUGCCUGCCUCUUUCCACCAACUGGCCUGGGCACUGCCUCCAAAUAAAGGAACUCUGCACUGC